AUUUACAUCAGAGGAGAUGUCACAUCAGUUGUCACAUUUUUAAUAUUUGUAUCUUAAAAUAACAGGAUUUGGAGGAAAUAACUAAAAUUUAGGAUGUGCAAAAGUCAGAAAGUCUUACCUGAAAAACAUGUAGGAACCUUGAAAACUGUUCUUUGGGCAUCUUUGUUCAAGCAAUUACUCAAAAUGCCCUGUGUAUUUUCAUCUUUUUUUCCUGAAGGUGGAUUCAUUUUCAAACAGUGGAAGAAACGUUUUUUGCGUCUGACUGCUGAAGGCAGUCUCUUCGUAUGCCAUGAUGCUCUGUCUCCACCUCACCAGAUUGUACUGCUGCAAAGUCACUGUGAGACAAUUGUUGAAGGCAAGGAGAUCCUGGACCUGCCAAAGUUACCUUCCGGCGCGUCCAGGGACAGCUGCUUCGCUCUGAUCCUCACCCAGAAUAAGUACCUGCUGCUGCUGACUGACACCCCCACAGACUGCAGUCAGUGGCUAAACGUGCUGAAGAAAGUCAAAAUGAGUCUGUCGUCGCCCCUCAGCCCUUGUAAGCGCCAUCAGGUUGUUCCCCCACGCAUUACUCUUCAAGACCUUGUCCCUGAGCAAAUUCUGGACAAAGAUCCGCCAACUCCACCUGUAAGUGACACAGAGGCACCCUCUCCAGGACCAACAAGCAACACUUCUCCAAGGGAGAAUUGCAGAAAUUCCCCUCAGACAAAGAAUUACAGACGGGAUGCACAGGCGGUGGGAUGCCUGCGUCACGGCACUCUCAAUAAUGCGCAAGCGAUGAAGGCUGUUUAUAUGCUGAUGGGAGGGGCUGCUGCCUCCUCUGCCUUGGGUUACCUCGGAGCAUGCUCAUCCACUAAUCUGGACGUCAAAGCCGACCUGGCUGCCAACACGGACUUCACCGGUACAGGACCUGUGGGGGCGUACGACCUCGGUAGCUCCUCACUCAACUCCCCCCAUUUCAACAGCUUUGACUUUGAGGUGGGGGACUCUGAUUUUGAUGCUUUUGAUUGUGGUGGGUUUACUUUUUAAGAAGCCAAGCCCUAGAUGAAAAUAGAUGGGCUCCGUUUUUGUUUUAUGUCACAGUGAAAAAUCCAAAUGGAGUCUUGGAGUUCAGCCCGCUGUUUGCUGAAAGCUGGUUUGGUAUUCUAGUGCUGCACAUUUGCCGGAUUUAACGGGCAGAGAAGACAAAUGUGAGCACAAAAGUUACAAAGUGGUGAAAGGAUGAACAGAUCUGAGUGAUUAAUCUGAAGUCGAUCGCAAUGAAGAACUCACUCUCACUGCCAUGUUGUAUUAUUCUUUAAAAAACAGAUACCAGGCCAGAAAACUAUAUUGUUGUGCAUUUUUUAUGUGUGUCAGGCUGUUUAUGUUGUGAAUAUUAUCAUUCUGUUUCGUCUACAACAGUGAUAGUACAUUUUAAUAAAAGUGAGUAAUCUGUCUCUUUUACACUGGUGAUGCGGUGUAUUACAUGAAGUUUAAGGAGCGUUAUUGUAUAACCCUCACUGGAUUAAAAUUGAUUUAGUAACCUCAGACACCAGAGAAACCACAGAGCUCAUUUAAAACUUUUUGUUUCCUCACAGUUAAAUUGCUUCACUACAGUCAUCCACUUGUUGUCAUCCUGUGGGUCUACUGUUUGUUCCAUGAAAAAACUUGAUGUGAACUAAUUUAUUUAAGAAUAAAGCUGGUUUUGGAACUUU